AUGUCUGCCGAAGAAGAUCUCAUCGAUUACUCCGAUGAGGAGCUACAAACCACCGAUGCUGCGCCUGCAGCUGGUGCCGAUGCAAAUGGAGGUGCCAAGAAGGGCGAUUUGACAGUUUCUGGAGGCAACGCCGACAAGAAGGGCAGUUACGUCGGCAUCCACUCGACCGGAUUUCGCGAUUUCCUAUUGAAGCCGGAGCUUCUGCGUGCCAUUACCGAUUGCGGUUUCGAACAUCCAUCGGAGGGAAAUAUGAGAAUAAAUACGCUGGUCCUUCAACCCUCCAAAGAAGUCGCGGCCGAUCCUGGAAUGUCUCUGUGGCCAGGUUGCAAACCUAAGCAGGUUAUACAAAGGGAGAUCUCUACGCGCGCAAGCGAGAAUCUCGAGAGGGUGGUGCAAUCCGGGCGAAGCGGAAACAUGCACGAGAAAGGUGGCGCCAAGAGACUUUCCAGGAUUUGGCUCGUAAUCGACAACUUCGAAAUUGUUGCAAUCCAUGCUCGGUCGACGAUAUACGCCUUUAAAGGCAAAUGUCGCACCUAUGUUUCGAUGCAUACUUUCCUUGGGAUCGAUGUUGUGUUGUAA